UCGACUGGAUAUGGCGUCUUCAUUGCUUGCCGGCGAGCGACUGGUGCGCGCUCUAGGCCCCGGAGGCGAGCUAGAGUCAGAGCGGCUGCCUCGGAAACUACGGGAAGAGCUUGAGGCCGCGCUGAGGAAAAAGACCGCCGGCGAUAAUGGUCCCCGCGAGCCCCGACGUUUGGUUUCUUUCCGUCUGAUCCGGGAUCUGCACCAGCACCUGAGAGAACGGGAUUCUACACUAUACCUUCAUGAACUCCUAGAAGGCAGUGAAAUCUAUCUCCCAGAGAUUGUGAAGCCUCCCCGGAACCCAGAGCUAGUUGCCCGGCUAGAGAAGAUUAAGAUACAGCUGGCCAAUGAGGAAUAUAAGCGGAUCACUCGCAAUGUCACCUGUCAGGAUUCACGGCAUGGUGGGACUCUCAGUGACCUGGGAAAGCAAGUAAGGUCAGUGAAAUCUCUGGUUAUCACCAUCUUCAACUUCAUUGUCACGGUAGCAGCUGCCUUCGUCUGCACUUACCUUGGAAGCCAAUAUAUCUUCACAGAAAUGGCCUCGAGGGUGCUGGCUGCAUUGAUCGUUGCCUCCGUGGUGGGUCUGGCUGAACUAUAUGUCAUGGUACGAGUAAUGGAAGGCGAGUUGGGAGAGCUGUAACUGAUGCUUCACUGUCAAGUCUGGAGAUGUUUUGGAGGGACCCAGCCUCUCAACUACCAAUUACUGAGUCUUGUUCAGCCUGUGAGGCUCUUUGUACUCAGCUCCGGUUGAGAGCAGGUCAGACCACCUGGUAUUCUUGUGAAAACUUGUCGAAAGCACUUCUUGAAAACUGGAAGAACUGAUUAAUUCCUUCUUCUGAACUUCAGUUCUGCCUUCUCUAGUCCAUUCUAGAACUUCUGAAACUGGGUUUUUCCAUUGGGAGGAAAUAGAAUUCAGGCCUUCGCAGUACUGCCUUGAAUUUGCCCAAGUUCACAGAUAAUCAUCAUCCUUCAUCCACACAUCUUUGGUGCAAGCCUGCAAUUGAGAACAGAAGCCUCCAAGAAAGCAGAAAGACUCUCCAGUUUAUGCUGGACAAGAACUGAUGAAAGGGCAAAUAUCAAAUAAGAGAAAGAUGAGUUGGUAUAGGAUGGUGGAACUAGGAACCAGGCAGCUGUCUUUUUCUGAAAGGAAAUGGUAUCAGGUAAAACAAAUAGAGACCAAAUGACCGGCCAUGGCUCUUCUUAUUAAGUGGGGCCAAAGAUUCCCAUGUGGUCCAAUUUCUCUUGUGAUGUUAAACUUCUGAGAACUUGGUGGUGUAAUGGUAAAGUCUACAUAAGGCAUUUGAAGGUGUUUAAUAAAUAUUUAUUGUGUGCAGUA